AUGUUGCCCCAUGUUAAGUUUGCAUAUAGUAGGGUUGUUCAUAGCACUACUUGUUAUUCUCCAUUUGAAAUUGUUUAUGGUUUUAACCCUCUCACUCCUCUUGAUUUAAUGUCUUUGUCAAGUAGUUAUAUUCUAAUUCGUAAGGAUGGGAACACUAAGGAUGAAUAUGUUCGAAGAUUACAUGAUACGGUAAAGACACAAAUUGAAAAUAAAGUGGAUAGCUAUGCUCGACAAGCUAAUAAAGGAAGGAAAAAGGUUGUGUUUGAACCAAGUGAUUGGGUUUGGGUUCAUUUAAGGAAAGAAAGAUUUCCUUCUCAAAGAAAAUAUAAGCUUCUUGAUUUAAGGAAGCUUUGUCAAAUACAAAUUGAAAAUAAAGUGGAUAGCUAUGCUCGACAAGCUAAUAAUGGAAGGAAAAAGAUUGCAUUUGAACCAGAUCUUCUAGGUGAGUAUGAUGUUAGUCCUACUUUUAAUGUGGUUGAUUUGCCUCCGUAUGAUGCAGCUGAAGAAGAUUGCAAUUUGAGGUCAAAUUCAAUUCAAGAAGGACGAAAUGAUGAGGUUAUAUAA